AUGGGCAAUAAUGAAAGUGACGGGCCCGUGAGCGACAUUCGCCAGCAGAGCGCUCAACUGAAGGAAGCCGCCAAUGAAUUGGAGGCGACCAGAAGUCCCAAUCUCCCCCCCAACGAAGCGCUCCUUUCGCCCCUCCACGAAGACGCCCCGCUCCCUACUACUUGCCCCGUAUUGAAGCUGAGGGCCAAAGAACUGCACCUCAAUCUGCUCGGUCUAGUUCUAGACAUCCCCAAUUUGGAGGCCAGCGGUGCGGCAGAGAAGGGACAGGGUUUGGGCGAUCUGCUGUUUGGACUCUCGCGCUUGCUGAGCGUUGUGGGAAACAAGUUGGAUGCGGCGGCGGAUAAGUUGGAGGGGAAAACGAAAAGUGCGGAUGGUGCGAAGUCGGGCGAGCCUGCGACGGCGCCGACGGGGAAGCUCGGGAUGACGAUGAACACCGCGGAAAGUGCGGAGGAGAGGGCGGACACCGCAGAGAAAGUGGACGACAAAGCGGCUGCUAUCAGUUAG